GCGGCGGGCGGGCGGAAGGGGCGGCCCGGGCGCGGCGGCGAUGGCGGCGGCGGGCCCGGAGCAGCCGCGCUUGUGGCAGGAGGCGGCGGCGCUGGCGGGCGCGGUGCGCGGCGCGCUGGGGCCGCGGGGCGGGCGGGCGCUGCUGCUGCGGCCCACGGGCGAGGCGCUGCCGACGCGGGACGGGCGGCGGCUGCUGCAGGCGCUGAGCUUGGAGCCGCCCGCGGCCAGGUUGAUGGCGGCCCGCGCCUGCAGCCUCCGCGCCGCGACGGGGGACGGAGCCAAGAGCUUCGUGGUGCUGCUGGCGGCCGUGCUGGGCGAGCUGCGAGCGGCGGGCGGCGGCGGCGGGCUGCGGCGGGCGCUGCGGGACUUCGAGGCGCGAGUGCUGGAGCGAGCGGUGGCGCGGGGGCUGCGGCGGCACGUGCGCCCGGCGCCGCCCGGCUCGCUGGAGCCGCUGCUGGAGCCGUACCUGGCCGGGCGGCUGGGCCCCGGCGAGCGGCGGUGCCUGGCGCGGCUCUGCGCCGAGAUGUGCCGCCGCUGCGCCCCGGCCGCCGCCGCCCGCCCGCAGGUGCUGCGGCUCCUCGGGCGGCGGUUCGCGGAGCUGCACGCCGCCGUGCCCGGCCUGCCCCUGGCCAGCUCCAGGGUCCUGCCCGGCAUCGUUCUCCGCAGGGACUUCGCUGCCUACUGCCCGACGGACGGGGAGCUGCGGGCCCUGCUGGUCACCGAGCCCCUGCGGCCCGCCCUGGCUGGCCCCGGUGUCGAGUUUGUUGUGGACUCCGAGGGCCAGUAUCAGGCUUCCCUGCGCUGGAUCGCUCAGAGGACAGAAGCCUUAAUGAAACACUUGCACAGUAACAACGUUAAGCUGUUACUGUCGAGUGUGAAGCAAGAAGAAGUAGUUAUCUACUAUGCCAAAUUAUAUGGUGUGUCCGUGGUAGAGUGCUUGUCAUCAGAAGAAAUGGCACUUAUCGGUGAAAUCACCGGUGUCUCCCCUUACGCACCUUACGUGGACGGAGAAAUAAGCGAAACUGCAGCGGUGACGUUUUGCCAGCCCUUGCUGCUCGUGUCCAAGAGGUGCGCCCACAUUGGCUUGAGCAGUGCGUGUGCCUUCCAGCCCCAUUGCCUGAUCCUCUGUGGGCCGGUUGAUGGCGUUAAUAAGCAACAUGCCGCUGCUGUGCAGGAGGCGUUCACAAUGCUGCAGCAGCUGCUCAAAACAGUGCAUCGGAGGGAGGAGUGGGAAGCAGAAGGUGAAAGCCAGAGCCGAGCCUCAGAUGUUUGCACUUGGCAGUCUUCAGCUACUCAGAAACAACUGGUAAUAGAAAAUACUUGUAAUAGUAACCAGGUUUCUGAAUGUCAGCUGAAAGCACUUAGUGAUGAAAGAGAGAGAAAAGUUUUAGACCUUGAUAAAAGUGACCUGCUGGUCCACAAUCAAAAAAACGACAGCACUCCUGUGGUAGUAGCACAUAACACUGAUACAGUCAGUGCCUGUGAGUGCCUGCAUGUUGGCAAAGGUCUAGAGAAAACAUGUUGCCAUGUUGUUCCAUUUAAACAAGAGGAGAGUUGUGCAGAUAUUGCACAGGAUUAUUCCAACUGUCUCAUAGAGGCAGGAUCGGUUUUGCCAGUAGGAGGUUACUUUGAGAUCCUGUUACAUUAUUAUAUUCAGGACUAUGCAAAACAGUGUCAGCAGUCAGAGGUAGCUAUUGUAUCUAACAUGGUUGCUGAUGCUUUGCUAAGUAUUCCCAAGGCCUUGUACCGGACAGGAGAACGAGGUGGCUUUACCACGUUCUAUCUUGAAGCCAUUAAUUUACUCCGAAAAAAUCAGCCACUGCCUGUAAACGAUGAAGGCUUGGAGUCAGUGUAUUGCAAAUACCAGUUAGUUGUUUCAGUUCUUCAUUGUGUUACAGAGCUUCUCUCCAUAGACUUAGUGAUUGGUAUUAGGCGGCCACUCCAAAAAAUUGAGGAUUGUGACUCAGAAGAUGACUCUUGAAAUCGUUAAUACAAAUUAUUUUGAUUAUCUGUUGUUUCCUUGUGUCUUCUUGUCAAAUGGACACCCUCAAAAGUCAGUGCUAGAGACUAAAAGUGCUUCUUCUCUUAGAAGAAAAAGGCUAACCAGCUGAGACUGUGGAAAACUGGGUUGUAAACAACACGAACUUGACAUUUUCAGCGAGUGUAGCCGAUUUGCACUGCAGAAGAUGUGCAAUGCAGUCUCCAUGCACAUGCUGAGGAUGUACAUUCAAGCCAAGGGUCAACUUUGCCUCUUUUGGUGGACUGAGUGUUUUCACAAGCUAGAUGGGAUUUGUUUUCUUGGCAUAAGUUCCCAGUGUGACAUGAGCCACUGAACUUUCAAGUUACAAACCAAGGGGUGGAUUUUAUAGCCCUCAUAAUUAGCUGGAUUAAAUGUUUUUUAAAUAAAAAUACUUUGUAUUCAUUGUGAUGUUAACUGUAAAGGGAAAAAUAUAGCUGUUAGCUUGUUCAGCACUGGGGCAGGCAGCAGUAAUCCACUGUGGUGUAUCCCAAUGAAGAAUUUUCUUCAUAGGAGAUGCAGUAUUUUUAUCUUCCAUUGAGUUCAUUUCAGUUGAACUAGAAGAGAAUAAUUUCAUACUGUGACUUCAUGGCAGUUUCUCUGGAAAAUUAGUCUAUAGCUUAGUACAACUAUUAAUUUUAACUACCAUGGGUUGAGUUGUGGUCCUUGUAUAAAAGGCUGUGUACUUAUGGGAGAAGUUCAUCCAAGGCACUAAUGCAGCUCUGUGUGAGAAAACUGAGACAGUUCAAUCUUUGAUCAUUAGGGAUUCUAUUCUGGGUUUAUUUUUUGGUUGGUUCUGUUUUUCUGUAAUUCUUUUCUCCCCAGAGUUUUCAGUGUAAUAUUUGCUUUAAGCCUAGUAGCACCUGCAUGUGUACCUCCCUUUCUGCUGGGUCCUAAAAGCUGCAGGUUUGAUGGAGGACUUUUUGAGUAACUUGACCAGCUGCAGCUGAUAAUAGUAUCAAGUUGGGUGUCUGUGGGUUUCCCAGUGUUGCAUAAUACUGAGAGUAAUGACUUCUUUUUUUUUUUU